CAAAGGCGAGUACGCGCACCCACCAUACCACUCGUCCCGCCCAAAACCUUGGCGUCGCUUGGGAACGAUUGCAAAUGACGCCCAAAAGGUGGAUCGAUGGGGACGAGAGCGCCGCCGAGAUGCUCGGUCGGGUUGCGGCGGAGCGACCCUUCUUGCUCAUUCCCCCUCUCCACCGCGUUCCUCUCCGCGUUGGCAAUGUUGUGGAGCUCGUCGGGCCCUCUUCUUCCGCCAAAACCCUCAUCCUCAUUCAAGCUGCUGUGAACUGCAUUCUCCCAAAGGAGUGGAAUGGGGUGCACUAUGGGGGCUUGGAGCGUUUGGUAAUGUUCCUUGACUUGGAUUGCCGCUUUGACAUUCUCCGCCUUUCGGAGGUGCUAAAGCUCCGAAUUAUGGAGCCCAAUGGUGAGUUUUGGCGUUGGUGUUCCUCAUUUACUAAGAAGAAGAAUGAAGAAUUUUCGUUUGAUAUUGCUGCUAAAACUUUUUGUUCUGCAAAAUUUGCUUUAGGGUCAAUGAAUUACGACGAGGGUUUGUUUAAUUUGUGCAUGAGACGCUUCUUGUAUGUCCGUUGCUACGAUAGUCGUCAGUUUCUUGCCACUCUCAAGACAAUGCAUUAUCGGCUUCGAAAGGAGAAAGAAGAGCAUCAUGUUAGCAUUUAUUUACUCAUGAUUGACAGUAUUGGAUCUUUCCAUUGGAUAGAUCGUGGCUCAACAUUCUUUCCGCUUGGGGACGAGAAGAGAAACUGCCUCUCUCUUCAGAGUGUGUCCGACGCUGUAGUUCAGGAGAUCAGAAAGCUUCAGCUGGUGCAUCCCAUGCUUGUGAUAGCUACAAAAGAAAUAAUUUUGGGGAAUGCAUAUGGUGCUUAUGAGGCCAAACAAAAUACAUCUUUUCCAGAGGUCUCAGAUUUAAGAAAUUCAACGAGUAAUACUCAACAGCUUCCAUAUCGCGAGUACAUGCCAUCCGUCUGGCAGUCCUUUGUUACACACAAGUUACUUGUACGAGCUUCAGAUGAUCAUCUGCCGAUAAGACAUCGUGAAGAAUCUUCCCUCUAUUUGUCUGAAUGGUUGUUGCCUUCACUUAGUUUCCGAGACAAGUUUAUCGUGAAAGAUGCUGGUAUCGUUAUUGUCUCCUGAUGAGAAUCUGGGAGGCAAAUGGAGUGCUGUCUCCUUAUUUCGUGAACUCUCAUGGUGCCAAGUAUCAGGGAACUAUCAAAAAAAAGAAACAAGGGAGUUCGGGGUUCAUGCACAUCAUGAAGAUUAUGGAAGUGCAGACUUGUGGUUGGGUUCCGGUUUUGGGGAUUUGCCCCUCUAGUUGUACUGGUAUCAUCGUAUUGGAUUGACCUCCAGGUUGCAGCACAUCGGAUUGGAAGAUAGCGUUCCGCUUGUUGCUUCGUUCGUGUAACACGAGGGCGGUGACCUCAUGUAUAAAAAUUGAAGGGAACAAAGAGCAAUCUUUUCUUUUGACAAAUAACUAGAUAAGGAUAUCAUGGACCUAGCAGUGUACAUGAUUUGGAGACCAUUUUGCAAUUCAUGUGUCAACAUAUCGACUCUCACGAUUAUGCUGUUUGAAAGGUGAAA